UUCCUAGACCUCCCCACUCCACUAGCGAGGGCCGCGCCGCGCCUGAGACCCGUAAAUGGCGAGGCGGAGCCUGGCGGGCGGCGCCACCGCCGGCGCCGUCUCCCGGGUUCGGUUCGCUCCCUCCUCCAACAACCUGCUCGUCUCCUCGUGGGAUUCGGGACUGCGGCUGUACGACGCCGACGCGGGCACACUCCGGUUCAAGGCGGAGACGGAGGCGGCGCUUCUCGACUGCUGCUUCGAGGAUGAGUCCGCGGCGUUGGUUUGCGGCUCUGAUGGAUCUGUGAGAAGGUAUGACUUCGGCUCAGGUGCUCAGGAUACAGUGGGACUCCAUGGAGAUAUGGUUGCCUGCAUUGAGUUCUCCCAGAUGACUGGUCAAGUUGUGACUGGCAGCCUUGACAAGAAGCUACAGUUUUGGGAUAUGAAAAAAAGAAGUGUAAACCCUAGCAGCACUAUAACCUUAGAUUCAGAUGUGGCAUCACUUUCAAUAUGUGGCAUGUAUAUACUAGCCGCAGUUGCAAGAAAUGUUUAUUUUUAUGACAUUAGGAAUCUAACCGGGCCAGUUAGAGAAAAAGACUGUCCUCUAGAGUAUCACAUACGAUGCCUUCAAGCUUCUCCAGAGUGGAAUGGUUAUGUUGCUGGCUCUGUGGAUGGAGUUGUCGCAUUGAAGUAUCUUGAUUGUGGAACAGAUGGUGAUACAGGGUACGCUUUCCGAUGUCAUCCAAAUUCCAGAAAUGGAAGAUCGGAUCUGGUUUCCAUAAAUUGCAUCGCAGUUCAUCCUUGCAGCAAGAAAACUUUUCUUACUGGAGAUGAUGAAGGAUACACUAUUGCCUGGGAUGCUCAAUCAAAAAAGAAACUGCUUGUGCUUCCAAGCUAUUCGGGCAGUGUGGCAUCAAUGGCUUAUAACCAUAGUGGCCAACUUUUGGCGGUUGCUCCAAACUAUUAUCAAGAAGUGGAUAAAGUGGUGGAGAAGCACCAUAUAUUCAUUGAAACGGUGGAGAACUUAAAAGGGAAGUCUCGUUUGGUGUAAGACCCUUCUAACCAAAACUUGAGCUGCUUACCCAUUUGUUGUACAACUGAUCAAGCUAAACGUGUUCCCUUGUAUUCUUUCUGCCUAACGAUCAAGCUAAACGUGUUCCCUUGUAUUCUUUCUGCCUAACAUAUUCAAGAUGUGGUAGCAUGUUGUAUGGCUAACCAUUAUUUGUAUAGAUUAGCACAUUGUCCCUGUCCCAGCUUGUGUACGCUCUUGUAGGCUCAAGGUAGAGAACAUGGCUCUGCUGCAAAAAGGGUCGAAGCAAAAUUAUGUUUUUCCUUUUC